AUGUGUGUCAAAAGACCAAGUCUUGAGUAUGAGCUUCUACGACAGCUGCCUGUUCCUCAAAUUCGCCCACUUAAUUGCCAUCAAUCCAUUUUGGAGGCCUUUGCCGAUUCCAAGAGAGUACAUGUAAUUGAUUUCAGCUUAAAUCAAGGUUCGCAAUGGCCAGCACUUUUGCAGGCUCUCACUUUGCGUCCUGGUGGUCCACCGGCUUUUCGGCUCACAGGAAUUGGUGGCCACUCUCAGCCUGAUGACACUACCAAUGCCUUACAGGAAGUUGGUGGGAAGCUCGCCCAACUUGCAGAGUCAAUGGGUAUAGAAUUUGAAUUUCGUGGAUUAGUGGUCCAUACUUUAGCUGAUCUUGAAGCACCAAUGUUGAAUAUUAGACCCAGUAAUGUGGAAUCAGUGGCUGUGAACUCUGUUUUCAAGCUUCACCGUCUGUUUUCCAUUCCAGGAGCAAUUGAGCAAGUUCUGGAUUUGAUAAAACAAAUAGACCCGAAGACUGUGACCAUUGCCGAACGUGAAGAUAAUCACAAUGAGAGUGUGUUUAUGAACAGGAUUAAGGAAGCAUGGCAUUACUAUUCAACAAUGUUUGAUUUGCUGGAGAACUCAGAGUGGACUAAGCGCAGCACUAUAGACUUGGAGAUUGCUACACAGCACCUAGGGAGGGAGAUCUAUAAUUUGGUGGCUUGUGAAGGGACUAAGCGAGUAAUGAGACACGAGACGUUUGGUCAAUGGCGAAUGAGGUUUAACUCUGCAGGGUUCAACCUGGUUCCCCUGGGUUCAAAUACGUACAGACACGUAAACAUGCUAUUGGCCUUGUACAUAAAUGGAAAGAGAUAUAGAGUAGAAGAGAAAGAUGGGUGUCUUAUGUUGAGUUGGCAUAGUCGCCCGCUCAUCACCACAUCUGAUUGGCGCGGCUAUUUCGCCAAGUCUAAGGAUUAGUCAAUG